GGAGAGGGCGGCAUGUGUGCAAAUGCCGCCUGGGCGGACGUGCCAGACUUUCGCAGCGUAAGGCAGCGUGGCCCAGCUUGAUGUCCAUGCCCGCGGGAGUGAGACAGCAGGAGCCGUGGCAUGCUCAGGAGAGCAGGAUCAUCUCUGCGUCACUUCUUGCUGGAGAGGAAGAGCAGCGUUGGAUAUAGGUCGUACUCCAGCAAGGCAAAAAUGUCGAGGCCAGUGCAAGCUCGGAGGCUGGAGGGAACAGAUAAGAAUAUCUGGGUGGAGUUUGUAAAACUGGCUGCUACCUACUCCACGGUGAACCUGGGCCAGGGCUUCCCCGACUUCCCCCCACCCGACUUUCUGAAGGAGGCAUUCGCGAGAGCCCUCAGCGGGGAGAACCACAUGCUGCACCAGUACACCCGUGCCUUCGGCCACCCCCCUCUGGUGAAGAUCCUAGCCCAGUUUUUUGGGAAGCUGCUUGGACAAGAACUGGAUCCUAUGAACAACGUGAUGGUGACUGUGGGUGCAUACCAGGCUCUUUUCUGCUGCUUCCAGGCUUUCAUUGAGGAAGGUGAUGAGGUGAUAAUCAUUGAGCCCUUCUUCGACUGCUAUGAGCCGAUGGUGAAAAUGGCUGGUGGGACGCCUGUGUUUGUCCCGCUGAGACCGAAAGCUCCAAAAGAUGGCAAAUUGAUGUCUAGUGCAGACUGGCAGCUGGACCCAGCUGAGCUGGCUUCUAAAUUCAGUGAACGGACAAAAGCCAUCGUCCUGAACUCACCCAACAACCCUCUGGGCAAGGUAUUCAGCCGAGGGGAGCUGGAGCUCAUUGCAGACCUGUGUGUGAAGCAUGACGUCCUGUGCAUCAGCGAUGAAGUGUACGAGUGGCUGGUCUACGACGGGAAGGAGCACAUCCGCAUCGCCAGCUUGCAAGGGAUGUGGGACCGCACGGUGAUCAUCGGGAGUGCUGGAAAAACCUUCAGUGCCACUGGAUGGAAGGUGGGCUGGACCGUGGGACCCAACCGGCUGCUGCAGCACCUCCGUACUGUGCACCAAAACUCAGUGUACCACUGUGCCACAGUUGCCCAGGAGGCCGUCGCUCAGGGUUUCCAGAGGGAGCUCGAGCUCUACGGGAAACCAGACAGCUACUUUGUCCAACUGCCCAAGGAGCUGCAGCGGAAGAGAGACUGGCUAGUCCAGAGCCUGGAUGCUGUGGGGAUGAAACCCAUCGUCCCUGAGGGCACCUACUUCUUGGUGGCAGACAUCUCCAAGUUCAAAUCUGACGUCCCUGAUGUCCCCGACUCUGAUGAGCCCUACGACUCCAGAUUUGCAAAGUGGAUGGUCAAGAACAAGGGACUUGCCGCCAUCCCACUCUCCGCUUUCUACUCUGGGGCCCACAAAAACAACUACAGCCAUUUCAUCCGGUUCUGCUUUGCAAAGGAAGAAGCCACACUGAAGGCAGCAAGUGACAUAUUGCAAAAAUGGAAACAGGAGAAAACCAGUCCCUGA